GUUUUAGAUAUAUAAUUAUACAAAACUCUUGAGAUAAUAUUUUAUCACUCAUAAGUAUUUUUUUGAUAGGAUUGAUUUAGUUAGACUAACAAAAAAAAAUAGUUACAUAAAGGAGAAAACUAAAUUACAGUAAUGUGGUCGGGCAUCACAGUGCUUUUUCAACCAUUGGAUGGAGAUACGAUGAAUUCCAUUAAAGGUUGGCUUUACCCUUUAGUAGGUGCAAACGAUUAUGUGAAGCACAUUAGCACCGCCUACUUCUGUUCUUCGAACAAGGGAUUCAUGUCUGAAACCAAUGUCAAGUGAACAACCUUUUGAUAUUGUCUGAUAAAUCUUAAACUGCUACUGGGGAAUGUGUUAUGAUCUGACAUGCUGGGCUUUUGUCUUGUUCUUCAAUAAAAUAUUAUCCAACUAAAAAUAUUGUAGAGGCAAAUGCUUUCUAUGUCAUAUUCAUGUUCCAUUAAAUAUUACCCAACUAACCAUUAUAUGGAGGCAAUCAAAUACUACUUUUCUUUCUUAGCACCUUCCUCUUUCCACACCAACUUGAUUUUACGAUAAAUAUAUGUAAUCAAUCUUGUUUUUGUUCGUAUGGAAAGGCUCAGGACAAAAACAAUAGAACAGAACAGAAAGUCUAGAAAAUAAUGUAAGUGAGAAUUCUGUCUCACAGCCACACCACAACAGAACUCAAUAGUUUCCAUCAACAAUCGAUUCUUUGCAAUGGAGAUCGCGCUUGCCGUUGGAGGUGCUCUUCUUUCACCUGCUUUUCAGGUGUUGCUCGACAAGUUGACGUCCAUGGACUUGCUCAACUACGCACGCCAAGGUCAUGUCCUGGACGAACUCAAGAAAUGGGAUAGAUUGCUGAACAAAAUUUAUGCUUUUCUUGAUGAUGCAGAGGAGAAGCAGAUGACAAAUCAGUCGGUGAAAGUCUGGGUCAGCGAGCUUAGACACUUAGCUUAUGAUGUUGAAGACAUACUUGAUGAGUUUGACACCGAAGCUCGGCGACGCAGGCUCCUGGCGGAAGCCACACCCAGUACAAGUAAUUUGAGGAAAUUCAUUCCUGCUUGUUGUGUUGGGAUGAUUCCAAGAACUGUUAAGUUCAACGCUGAGGUGAUUUCAAUGAUGGAGAAAAUUACUAUUAGGUUAGAGGAUAUCAUAAGAGAAAAGGAUGUCCUGCAUUUGGAAGAGGGUACACGAGGAAGGAUCAGCCGAGUAAGAGAAAGAUCUGCCACAACCUGUUUGGUGAAUGAAGCUCAGGUUUAUGGCAGGGAGGAAGACAAAGAGGCAGUACUUAGACUGCUGAAAGGAAAAACUAGAAGCUCGGAAAUCUCUGUCAUUCCAAUAGUUGGCAUGGGGGGCAUCGGUAAAACCACCCUUGCUCAGCUUGUCUUCAAUGAUACUACGCUGGAGUUUGACUUCAAAGCUUGGGUUUCGGUUGGUGAAGAUUUCAACGUUUCCAAGAUAACCAAAAUAAUCCUUCAAUCAAAAGAUUGUGAUAGUGAAGAUCUAAAUUCACUCCAAGUGAGACUGAAGGAGAAGCUGUCCAGAAACAAGUUUCUAAUCGUCCUGGAUGAUGUUUGGACAGAAAAUUAUGAUGACUGGACACUGUUUCGAGGUCCUUUUGAAGCAGGGGCACCAGGAAGCAGGAUUAUCAUUACAACUCGGAGUGAAGGUGUGUCAUCAAAGAUGGGUACGACUCCAGCAUAUUAUCUGCAGAAGUUGUCAUUUGAUGACUGCUUGUCAAUAUUUGUUUAUCACGCUUUGGGAACAAGAAAGUUUGAUGAAUACUGGGACUUGGAAGAAAUAGGUGCAGAAAUUGCCAAAAAGUGUCAAGGAUUGCCUUUGGCAGCUAAGACACUAGGUGGGCUUUUGAGGGGUAAACCGAAUUUGAAUGCUUGGAUAGAAGUGUUGGAAAGUAAAAUCUGGGAUCUACCUGAGGAUAAUGGUAUUCUUCCACCCCUAAGGCUGAGCUAUCAUCACCUUCCUUCCCACUUGAAACGAUGCUUCGCGCAUUGUGCAAUAUUUCCUAAAGAUUACAAAUUUCAUUGGCAUGACUUGGUUCUUUUAUGGAUGGCUGAAGGCUUAUUGCAGCAGUCAAAAACAAAGAAGAAAAUGGAGGACAUAGGGCUGGACUAUUUCAAUCAAUUGUUAUCAAGAUCAUUAUUUGAAGAGUGUAGUGGGGGAUUUUUUGGGAUGCAUAAUCUCAUAACUGAUUUAGCUCAUUCUGUAGCAGGAGAAACAUUCAUUGACUUAGUGGAUGAUUUGGGUGGUAGCCAACUAUAUGCAGAUUUUGAUAAGGUUCGCAAUUUGACUUACACUAAGUGGUUAGAGAUCUCGCAGAGAUUAGAAGUGCUGUGUAAACUGAAGCGCUUAAGAACAUUAAUUGUACUUGAUCUAUACCGUGAAAAGAUAGAUGUGGAGUUGAACAUCUUGCUACCUGAACUAAAGUGCCUCAGAGUGCUAUCUCUUGAACAUGCUAGCAUUACCCAAUUGCCAAACUCAAUCGGUAGAUUGAACCAUUUGCGAUUUCUGAACUUGGCGUAUGCAGGCAUCAAGUGGUUACCUGAAUCAGUAUGUGCACUUCUCAACUUGCAUAUGCUGGUAUUGAAUUGGUGCUUCAAUUUGACAACAUUGCCUCAAGGAAUCAAAUAUUUAAUUAAUCUGCACUUUCUUGAAAUUACGGAGACAGCGAGAUUACAAGAAAUGCCAGUAGGGGUAGGUAACCUAACCUGUCUUCAGGUAUUGACGAAGUUUAUUGUGGGAAAAGGUGAUGGUCUGAGGCUACGGGAGUUAAAGGACUUGUUGUAUCUUCAGGGGGAACUUUCUUUACAAGGGCUUCACAAUGUGGUGGAUAUUGAAGAUGCGAAGGUUGCUAAUUUGAAGGAUAAGCAUGGCCUUAAUACGUUAGAGAUGCGUUGGAGGGACGACUUCAAUGAUUCACGAAGUGAAAGGGAAGAAACACUGGUGCUUGACUCGCUGCAACCUCCGACACAUCUGGAAAUUCUUACAAUUGCUUUCUUUGGUGGCACAAGCUUCCCAAUAUGGCUGGGGGAGCACUCAUUUGUGAAACUGGUGCAGGUGGAUCUUAUCAGCUGCAUGAAAAGCAUGUCAUUGCCAUCGCUUGGUCGACUACCCUCACUUAGAAGGUUAUCCAUAAAAAACGCAGAAAGUGUUAGAACUGUUGGCGUGGAGUUUUAUGGAGAUGACUUGCGUUCUUGGAAGCCUUUUCAGUCUCUUGAAAGUCUGCAGUUCCAGAACAUGACAGAUUGGGAGCACUGGACUUGCAGUGCCAUAAAUUUCCCUCGUCUCCAUCACCUUGAGCUACGGAAUUGUCCCAAAUUGAUGGGAGAAUUACCUAAACAUCUCCCAUCCCUUGAAAAUCUUCAUAUUGUUGCAUGCCCGCAGUUGAAAGAUUCACUUACAAGUCUACCAUCUCUUUCUACACUAGAAAUAGAAAAUUGUAGUCAGGUAGUUCUUGGAAAAGUGUUUAAUAUUCAGCAUAUCACAUCCUUGCAGUUGUGUGGAAUUUCAGGGCUGGCUUGCUUAGAGAAAAGGCUUAUGUGGGAAGUGAAAGCACUCAAAGUUCUAAAGGUAGAAGAUUGCUCUGACCUAUCAGUUCUAUGGGAAGAUGGAUGUCGGACACAGGAGCUGAGUUGUCUGAAGCGUGUACUGAUUACAAAAUGUCUAAACCUUAAAGUCCUCGCCAGUGGUGAUCAAGGUUUCCCUUGCAAUCUCGAGUUUUUGAUAUUGGAUGAGUGUAAGAACCUGGAGAAACUGACAAACGAGCUAUACAACCUUGCAUCUUUUGCACAUUUAAGAAUCGGAAAUUGUCCAAAACUUAAAUUCCCAGCAACUGGCUUACCACAAACAUUAACGUACCUUAAGUUUGAAGAUUCUCAUAAGCAAGGUUAUCUUAUGUAUGGAGAUGAACUAAAUGAUCCCGGACACAUAUAUUGGUAUAGUUCUGGGAUAUCUACAUACGAACCCUCUCAAGAAGAAGGAAAGAUGCUCAUCUAUAUUUCAGAUUUAUUGCAAUUGGAGUCGCUCUUGCAGAGCUUGGUUUGCAGUAAUAUCAAACACAUCUCUAUUCCAGUCUGUCAAAAUGUCAAAUGCUUUACAGAUUUCAAGCACAGCCUCCUUCAUCUCACAGGACUGACCAUAACCAGUUGUUGUCGUAAGGAAAUGCCUACUGCAAUGUCAGAGUGGGGACUAUCUAGUCUCUCUUCUCUUCAACGUCUUGAGAUUAAUAGGGUAGAAAUGGUUUCAUUUCCUGAUGAUGACGGCCGCCUACUUCCCACAUCCUUGAAGCAUCUCCUUAUCAGCGAAGUUGACAAUCUGCAGUCCAUAUCCAAGGGGAUCCUAAAUCUCACCUCCCUUAAAAUACUGAAUAUCCAUUCCUGCAAAAGUAUUUCAUCCUUGCCAAAGGAGGGCCUGCCAGUUUCACUUCAAACACUAGACAUAUCUUACUGUCCUUCCUUAGAGCAUUACUUAGAAGAGAAAGGCAACUAUUGGUCCAUCAUUUCCCAGAUUCCAGAAAGACGUAUGCUUUUUGGGGAAAAUCCUUUCGUGUGUGUAAUUCAGUAAGCAAGCAUUUAAAAUAGCUUGUCGGAAGUUCUUGGUGACUUAUCCUCCAACAGAAUAGCCUUAGCUGAGUUCCUGAAAGUUUUAAGCUGAUGAUGCUUGCUAAAGAUUGGAUGCACCGUUCAUUUCUGAAAUUAAUGGGAUUCUCCUGCUGUGCUAAUUUGUCUACUGUUCAUUAUAGAACACAUCAACCUGGCAAUCCUGCCUAUCUUACUCUAAAGUUUGCAUAAAUAUGGAGAUAUGACUUUGCUUCUUUUUUUCUUUUGAACUCCCAAAUGUUGUUGAUGCUUAAAUCGGGAUUCGCCAUUAACAGUGUAUUCUGCUCCCAUUAUCUUUAUUCUCUUGUUCAAAAUGAAGAUUCAAAAAUAUAAGAAUAUGUGAAAUUUUUUCGGAUUU